UUUUACUUUUACCUAGUGUUUAAGGUGUGUUCAGUAAAAAAAGUGUGUAAAAGUUUGAGUCUUAUCAAAAAUUGUAGAUUGAUAUCAGUUAGCCCAUUCAAACCUGUCCUAGAAUCGGUAUAGAGAGCCAUACAUUGGAACACCAACAAUGGAGCGUAGAAUCUACUUUGGAUUGGCUGUUUUUGUGCUAUUUUGUAUCAGUAACAAUGGACAAACGACAGCCAACAUAGUGACCGAUCAUGAUCGUGUAGUGGUUUGCUACAUUUCGACGUGGGCCGUCUACCGGAAAGGUUCAGCUUCGUACAGCUUAGAUCACUUUGAUCCAAGACUUUGCACGCACGCUAUCUACGCUUUCGCCGGUCUGGACGUGGACAAUAAUGCUAUGCGACCGCUAGAUCCAUGGCAAGAUUUACGUGAUAAUUACGGCAAGGGUGGCUAUGAGAAACUUGUGGGAAUGCGCGCUACGAAUCACCACCUGAAGGUACUGAUUGCGAUUGGUGGUUGGAAUGAAGGAUCGGAGAAGUACUCUGACCUGGCGGCUAAGCCGGAAAGACGGCAAGCUUUCGUAAAAAAUGCUUUGGAAUUUGUGAAGCGUUACAAUUUCGACGGUUUAGAUUUGGACUGGGAAUAUCCGACGCAACGUGGCGGCAAACCUUACGAUCGGGAAAAUUUUGUAUCCCUCGUCAAAGAACUUAGUCAACAGUUCAAGAAGCAUAAUCUUCUUUUGACGUCCGCAAUUGGAGCAGGAAAAGACACAAUUGACUCCGCAUACGACAUCAAAACUUUGUCUAAAUAUUUGGAUUUCCUUCACAUUAUGUGCUACGAUUACAAUGGAAGCUGGAACAGAAAAAUCGGCCCGAAUGCACCACUUCAAAGCAGAGAUGUCCUUAACGUUGAAUAUACCAUCGAACACUUGAUGGCUUUGGGAGCACCGUCCAGUAAAAUUGUCAUGGGACUUCCGUUUUAUGGACGAACCUUCGUAACUCCUUCGAAACGAGCAAAAAUUGGUGAUGACUCCGAUGAUAAGGGCUUCGCGGGGCCUUCCACAAAUGAGAAUGGUUUUAUGGGGUACAAUGAAGUGUGCGAAGCACUAAAAGAAAACCCAGAAGGAUGGAAUGUUGUAUGGGAUCCAACAGCUUCAGAAGCCAUCGCAACUAUGCUGGAUGGAAAUAUGACCAAAGUUGUAAUCUACGAUAGCACUCGAUCGAUGGCUAAUAAGGUACGAUUUGCAAUUCGUCAAAACCUAGCUGGGUUGAUGAUUUGGUCCGUCGAUACUGAUGAUUUUAAUGGUGUUUGUGAGCCAGAAAAUGAUACCUUCGCAGACUUUGGUGAUCAAGCCGGAGUAAAAUUGAACAUUCCGCCAUCAAUUCAAGACAAGUAUAAGCUGCUGAGGACUGUCAACGAUGCCAUCAUAAUAGCCACCGAUGAACUGAACCAGGAGAACGAAAUCUCUAAUUUGCCUGAUGAUUUGGACGUGUCGACGCAAAAAGUGCCAGCAUCUGGAGGUACACAUCCGAUUAUAGCAAGAUUGAAUUGGCUCAGUCUUCUCGCAGCAGUUGUGCUAGUUAGGUUUGCGUGA